AUGGCGGGAAUCCACGUGGCGGCGGUGCUGCCGCCCGCUCGCCGGCUGCGCGGGACAAUGGGUCGCCGCCGCUUCCGGUGCUGCGGGAGCAUCGGAAGAAAUCGCCGGGAAGAGGAGACACCACGGCUACUGAAGACGGCUGUUUCCGGAGUCACAGAGCUCCUCAGGCUUUUCCAAGCUCCUCCCAGGCAGCAAAGGUCAUUUCCUCUCUCUGUCUCUCUGUCUCUCUGUCUCUCUCUCUCUCUCUCUCUCGUUUACUGUUAUUGAAAGGAUGCUAUCCAUAUGGUUCUAGGGGUGAUAAUUGGGGCAGAGAGGGAAAGCCUCUGGUCCGCGACGUGGAAGAUGUAGUGUCCAUUCUGCGGUCCGACUACGAUCAGGCUUAUUUCCUCACAGGUGUCCAACGGGAAUAUCGAAUUUUGUAUUCUUUCUUUCCUGUCUCUUUAUCUGUUUUUCCCCGUGAUGACUAGUAUUCUAUCCUUUUGCGCACUGUAGCUGCCACUCUUCAUGAUUUACUAUUUUCUGUGGUAUUCGUUGAUGCCCAUAGUGGGAUAAGUAAACGUUCUUGGAAGUCUUUUGAUUAGCUUCUUUAAAUGGCAAGGGGGGUUCCUGAGGAGUCUCCUUGGAUGAUUUCCUAGAUGCUGCCUCUGGGCAAGUCUGGGCGACAAGGUGCUCACUGGAUUCCAUGGGAUUGUCUAUUGCCUUAUACACCUAUUAGAAACUUUAUUGGAUGAAACACGGUAUCGACAUAAAAUAGUUAAUAAAUAAAGCAAUCAGUCAACAGAGGUUAUUGAUAAAUGCCGCUCCAAAUGGAUGCUUGAAAUUUGCUAAAGUUUUUCGUGGUAAUGAUACCAUCUUUGUCUUUUAUGAUAGUCAACGGAAAUAUCUUGUUUUGUUGACAUGAAUGACCCUAGCAAGUAACAAGUUUUGAAACUAAAUCAUGAAACUCUGAACGAAUAGGUAUCAUGUCACUGUUUUAGGUUUCUUUAUUAAUAAAGAAACACUUAGGGGGCUCUUAGCUUGGUCCUCACUGUUACAUUAUGACAUUGAUAACAGAUUUGAUAGUGCUAUAUUGAUCAUGAUUUUAUUUAUAUUUUCAGUUUAUAAUGUAUGUGGAUCAUUCACGGAUGUCAUUCAAGUUUAAGCUAAAACUAGGUGCCACAUAUUAUUCCUGAUGCAGCAUGGGUGAUAGCUCAUUUUUGCUCACAUUGGUGUCCUUAGCAGAAAUGGCUUGAAGGCCAUAUGUUGAUGGGAGGAGAACAUUGUCCAUUCCGAGUUACAUCCAUCCGUCCCUUGCUCUCUUUCAUGUGGCCACUUUUUAGGUGAAAUUUUACCUUUUUCUUGUAGGACAUUUACUUAUGCUUUCAAUUUUGUAUGAAAAAAUUGAAGACUUCAAGGAUAAGUAUUGCUUGAAGAAAUUUGGGGUCAUGGAUUUUGUUUUGUCUAGUUCAAUAUGUUUUCUUAGUACAUUUGUCUAGUUGUUCAUCAUGUGAUAGAUAAAGUUUUUUUCUUUGAACAGGAAAAUUUACUUCCAAGAUUUAUGCAGAAAACUGUUUAUUUGAGGACCCGACCAUCAAAUUCUAUGGUAGGCCUUCCAUUUGUCAAUAUCAUUACUUCCAUUGGGUUUAAUGAUUUGUCAAAGAACACUGAAAUCAUUAUGUGGACAUCGUAUUAUCCAUUCAGUGCCCAUUGUGAUCAACAGAUUUAGGCAGAAACCACCUAAUGACAAGUUGAUUAAAUGGAUAGAACAUUGCAAUAGUUGUCUAGCAACUAAAAAUAUUUAACAUUUUCUGCUUUUCGAGAUCUGAAAAAGUCUGUCUAAAAUAGAUUAGAUUGUGUCUUUCAUUCUGAUGGGUGUAUGAAACAAAUUUUAUACUUGGGUGUCGCUUUUAUGUUACUUUUUGCUCUUGUAAAAGACAUCUUCAUAAUGAUAAUGUACCUCGUGUGUUGGACGUUAGGGAAAAAAAUGUAUAUGUAGCGAGAGCUAACAAAAAGGUGGCACUUUUUUUAUGCAUGCAAUUGAUUUAUUUUCUUCUACUUCAAAUUUCCCCUCUUUCAAUUAGACCAUCUUUUUUAGCAUUAUUUUUUCAGCAUUAGUUAAAUAGAAUUAUGAUCAUUUAGUGUCGCUACAGGUACCGAUAAAUACUCCCAGAAUUUGGAUUUGCUUGUUCCUUUCUUCGAGAGACCAUCUCUCAUUCUAGAAAAUAUUGAGAAGGUACUUAUUAUCGUUCAAAUUUAUUUUUAUAUAUACAAGUAUUUUUUUGAUUUUUAAUCCAAUCUACGAUCUCCACGUCAUUCGACAUGCAAAGACAAUUCCUUUUGUAGAAGUCUUGAGUUGAUACGUCUCUUUGGUCUCGAAAACACAAGCUUUCUGUAUGUUGUUCUCUCACUUGCAGAGAGAAAUUGGGAUCAUUUUCACAUCUCUUGCUCCUCCCUUCUUACUUUAGGGAAACUCAGAUAUAAACAAUAGAAUAAUAUUCAAUCAAUAAAAGCUUACAUCUUUUUUUAAAAUCACAUUAUGUCUGAUUUGUUUUUGUUUAUUUUUUAAUUAUAUAUAUUUUAGUUAUAUUCAGUUAAUAUAAUAGUCUUGGCCAACAUUCUGAGGAUUUAAACAUCAGACUGUGUAUGAUUCUGACCUCAAUGCUAUGCAACUUCGAAUCUUGAAUAAUUUUUUAUUCUACGUGACCUCGGUGUGACUAAAAGCCUGGAUUUUAAAGGUUGAGGAUGGUGAAAGGAAGUUCAUCCUUGCUGCAUGGAAGCUCAGGUGAAUUGUUCUCUUUAAAGCAAUUUCUCUUGUAAUAAUAUACAAUGAACAUGAUGAUAGGUGGUUUUUUUUUUUAAUCUUAUGGAAAAUAACUUUUAUCAUUUGAUUUCUAGAACUUUCUUGAGGCUUCCAUGGAGGCCACUUAUUUCCAUUGGAGGAACCACAACUUACGAUUUAGACAACGAUUUCAAGGUAAGCAGCGGAGAGUCUUAACUGUUGACGGGUCAUUUCGCAGGGCAAGGCCAUUUAUGCGAUGUCAACGUGUCUGAAAGUUCUUCGGCUUUCUUCCCACUUGUAGAUUGUCAGGCAUGCCGAGAGAUGGGACGUGUCGGCCCUCCAAGCAGUUGGCCAAAUAUUUUUACCAUCCUCUAUAGUCAACGAUCAAUAA